GGAGGAGGAGGAGAGUGCGCCAUGGUCCCGCGCGGGCUCUGCCGGUGGGCGCUGCUGCUGGCCUGGCUGCCGGCCGGUUGCCUCUCCCUCCUGGUGACAGUGCAGGAUGUUGAGCGUUACACCACCUUAUUUGCCACUGUCAUCCUCAAGUGUGACUACAGCACCUCAGCGCAGCUGCAGGACGUGGUGGUGACCUGGCGCUACAAAUCCUUCUGCAAGGACCCCAUUUUUGACUACUACUCAGUCUCAUACCAGGCUGGUUUAGCCCUUGGCCAGGACCCCUCUGACGACUGCAAUGACAGCCAGCGGAAGGUGCGCAUUGUCAUCCAGAAAUUCGGGCAGAAGGACCCCGUGCUGGGCGUUGACUACCAGCAGCGAAAGAUCACCAUUCAGAACCGAGCAGACCUUGUCAUCAGUGAGGUCAUGUGGUGGGACCAUGGCAUGUACUACUGCACUGUGGAAGCACCAGGAGAUACCUCAGGUGACGCUGACAAAGAAGUUAAGCUGAUUGUUCUCCACUGGCUCACAGUACUCCUCAUCAUUCUUGGUGGCCUCCUCCUCCUUCUGCUGAUUGGGAUAUGCUGGUGCCAGUGCUGCCCCCAGUACUGCUGCUGCAACAUCCAGUGUGGCUGCUGUCCAAACCGGUGCUGCUGUAAUCAGGAAGUACUGGAACGGCACCGCUUCAUGAAGCGGGCUCAGGCACUUGCACCAUGGAUAUCACCCAACGUGUUCUAUGGAGCUGGUGACAGGAACUCAAAACUUUCCUCUUACCAGCUGAACCCUCUACUGCAACAAGAUGUAUCUCUGCAGAACAGUCUUCCACUGAUGCAGCCACAAGCUCAGUUUUCUCGUAACAAUGGUGUUUUGGAUUAUCUGGAGUCUGAAAUCCAAAACCUGAACACGUCCCAGCUGCGGCCACCCUCCCACCAGCGRCAGGCAGUGCAGCCCAGCUUGCUGUCCUCGCUGGGCUCCGACAUUGUGCCACCUCCUCUCGCCGACCACAUCUCCUCCAUCCACGGGAGCAGCAACUCCUCACGGCCACAAAGAGCUGCCCGCACCCCCAGACCCUGGGACUCUGCAGCAGAGGACAGAAGGGAAAACCGGAGGUGGCCAKUGCCUUCCAGUGGGGAUUCUCAUUCCAGCUAUAGCCAGGAGGCCUGGGACAGGCAGCGAGAGGAUCAUCCUCAGAGGCAGAGGACAGGUGGCUACAAUGGCAGGCCCCAGCACGGCAGACGGGAUGUGUCACCCCCGCGCCAGGCGGAGAGGGGCAAGAGCAGCAGCAGUUUCUAUCCAGAGGAGGCCAAGGAGCGCUCCGGUCACCAUCGUGGUGGGCGGCGAGAAUACGAGCACCAYGCCGGGAGAAGCGAUUACUCCGGCCAGCGGCGGCACAGCUACUCCCCCCCUUCUCGCAGGGCCUCGUGGAGCUCCUCGGAAGAGCAGGUCCGUGUGCCGGUGUCAAACCGCAGGMGGAGGAACCGCAGGUCCCGGGAAUGGCCGGAAGAUAAACCCCCCAGUUACCGCUCCCUGGAAAUCAUCCCAGCUCAGGACAAGAAGCACAAAGGCGGCGCAGGGACCCGCUCGGACAAAGGAAGUUCCUACAGUGGAAAAAGCAUAGUCAUUUAAUGUCAGUACUGGAAGGACUGAGAUUCCCACUGGACUACUCUAGUUUUUCUACUAUUUAGGUUAGGAUGGUUGCUUUUGAUUGAACAGACAAACAGCAUAAAAYAGAUGAAGCAGCUUCCCCUUAAACUAACAACUCUGAAGAAUACAUGUCUGGUGCCAUGAAAGCCAUACAUAACCUAUUUUUAUUGCUGUGAUUUGGAAACUUAGGUUGGGCUAAGUUCUAACGGGCUGAGGUUCGUUGAAAACAUUCUACUGGAAACAGCAGAUUUUUUCAGUAAAUAGUGUAUUCCCAGACUUCAAAGAGACAUACCAGUUCUCCUUACUAAGUGCCCUGGCACUGCAAGGAGCCYAGUCUGUAGAAUGCUGUUCCUUUGCACACCAGUUACCAGAGAAAGGUUCCAAUGUUCACAGAGUUGUAAAGUUACAAKACAGUAGAAUAAUUUUGAUUGGAAGAGGCCUCUGRAGGUCAUCUGAUCCAGCCCCCUGGGAGCCUUGUGGGGGGAGGCAUAACAUCUCUCUAAGGCCUUUUGUUGUGCUUCACAAUGUGUAAUGUUUGUUGCUUCUGCYUGGCUGCUCAGCAUAGUUGGGGCAGUUCCUUUUGUCCCCACUAAGCCUUUCCUGAGCAGGAGGAUCACCGUGUUGGAAGAACGUUCACUGCCUUAAUAAGGUCUCUCCAGAAUGUCUGCAAGUUGCCAGUUUGUCUGGUCUUUACUGAGUGUAGCAACAUGCUGUACUUUGAGCUGAGACCUUAGUGCCUUAAAAGAUACUUGUUCUAGCCUUUCAUCCAGACUUGAAUUUAUUUGUAAAACUUAAAGGGCUAAAUUUAUCAAAGUUUGUCCUUCCCUACAGGGACUGAACAAAGUAUGAUAACUGUUGUUUACACCAUGGACCAAAAUUUCCUUCAACACUAGGAAGCAUGGUUUUGGUGAAUAUAUCUUUGCUAAGCCACAUACUCUUUUCCACACCUCUUAUAUUCUCCCAUUCCACUCCAUGCCAUGUAUCAUAUACAUGGGGUGGGAUAAAGGGCUCUGAAGAAGUCUUACAGUGACCUGUUUUACUUCUGUCCUUGGUCUUUAUCCUGACACUUAUACCARCCCUGCACGUGUGGUGAAUCUGAUCUAGAGCUGGAUUGUAGGGUUUCCUCAGUUCUCACCCUAUAACUAGAACACACAAUUUCUCUAUGCUUUGAGAUCAGUUGUGAAGAAUUUGCUAUUUCUCCUUGAUGUGAUUAAUCCACUGCUUUAAUUUAAAAUGUGGUGGAGCAAGAGAAGCUUUCUGAAUGUUGGCUGCUUCCACAGGAAACUGUCUUGCCAGAGGUGCUUCUUGGAUUUAAGAGACUCCAAGCAAGAAGCUUUUGGAGAAUCUUGUGCAUUAUUUUGUUACUCAGAGGCACUGGAGAUUGACCAGUACCAAUGACUGUCUUGCCUAGCUUACUUCCCAGCCAGUGCCACAUGGGRCACUUGCUACUGUUCUUUAAUGUCCUAAUUACUGAUGUGCUUGUGCUUUUCCUUGGAAGACUUGGAGAGACUUUUACUUUGUCCAUGUCCUUUUUUUUCUUUUCUUUGGACAAUGGUGAGAAACAUCACACUUCAAAAGAACGAUCCUAGAUGGAUAUCUGAUGCAGUUGCUGGUCAACGCAGGGCUACUACAGAGUGCUCAUCUUUCUACWGUUUCUUGGAUGGAAGUGCUUACUCCUAMUUCCUGCCURUGGAGAUAAAGCMRGAACACCAAUGGGCUUUUCUGGUUGACUUUGCUUCAGAACCAGAGGCCUAUGUUKUGAAGACAGAGUCCCUUUGCCCACAUUUGGUGGCUAUUACAAAAAUAAUUUUUAAAAAAGAGCUAAAAGACUAACUCCAAAGCUUGAAUUCAAGAAAGUAGGGCUGUAUUAAGUGUGGUGCUUGUCUGCAUUAGRUCCACACUGACCAGUGUGAAUUGACCCAUGAGUCACAUUUCAAAUACAGGGAAUUAACUAUUUGCAGAAUUUGCAAAGCCAGUAUCACUCUUGAAUCUUUUUAUCAGCCACUGUCUGUGGAUCUUUUUCUUUUUGUAUUUUAUAACGUGCUGAGAAUUUUAUUAACCACUUUUUUGUAUGAUAGACUAGCAUUUUUGUUAGUUAAAAGGAAUUUAUGAUAACUGCAAUGACAGAAAAUAUAUUGGGCUGCUUCCUCCUAAACUKAGCAACAAGUUUUGACAUUAGCUUUACCCUGUGCUGACUUUUAGCAGAUACGCAAGGCCCUGCAAAUUCUACCCUUGGAAGCUGAAYGGGGAACUUGGAAUUUGACUCCCUYCUUGUGCUUUUAUGCAUCAUGCARGACAACUUCCUGUCRUAGCCCAAAUGUCCAGAUUUCAGGAAAGGGCUGCCCCUUUCUCCAUCGAAGAGUAGGGGCUGUUUGAGGCAUACAGUGAGAUCCCAAGAUACUUGCAUGGAAGGAUUUCACUUUUCUUCACAUUUAAGUAUGAACAAGCCAACACAUAUCCAGCAAGUUUUCCUAAGAGCAAGAAGCCACUGGCACGGCAAGAAAACUGAGAUGACUCUGUCACAGGAGCAGCUGUUGGAACUGCUGGAGUAUGAACACAYUAACUGCAGAGGUGGUGCCUUUUUAUCUGCAUCCUGUGAAGGAGCCCUCCAUCUUUAUUUGUUCCUCUAGUCCCCAUAACUGAGCAGCUAGGGUGACUAAUUGUAGAUUUGUGAACACAAUUAGUGCUGUGUGAAGUCUGAAGAGUAUUAUCUUUAUCAUACUUGAUUUCCUCUUCAGUCACUUUGUUCAUGUUUAUAGAAACAUUAAACAAAACUCUUCAGGGAAAAUUGAUUGUAUUUCCAUGUUAAUUCUGAACUUCUYACAUUGUGACAGAAGCAGAUAGGAUGAUCCAGCAGGGAAGCAGAAAUGAUACCAGGCUCGCUGGUCCGCAGACCACUGCUGUUCAUAAAGCAUCAGUUGGUGGGGGGAAGUAACGACAAAGGAAAUCUAUCUAUGUGUGCUUUGCAACUGCAAGCAGACAGAAAAGUGGGAAGGAAACAAGCUCUGUUUUAGAUGCUUAUUUCUGUUUUUAAUUUGCUAUAAAUGAAACCCAUUGUGACAGCAUUGCACAAUACAAUGGACCCUUUUCCAGAAAGAUCACAGGGUCUUUGACUUUUUAAGAGAGAGAACUGAGCAGCUCCAGUACAGCACACUGAAAGAAAUAACAGUAGGAAAUAUCCUAGCCUCAUUCUUUCUACAUUGCCAUUUAUUCAUGCUUAAUUUUUUAGCCAUUCCAAAGAGCUGAUGUUYAUGUGUCAACCCAUUCAUGAUGGAAAAAGUUGAAUAUUUCACAUAUGGGAGUUGUUGCUGUUCUAGGCUUUUGUUCUUCUGUUCAUGCCCUUAAAGGAAUAUACCUUGCCCCCAAAGAACAAAUCUUCUGUCUCAGAUAAAGACAAAGCAGUGGAGUUACCCUCAUUUAAAAUAAUGUAAUGAGUAAGUGACCAUGCCAUGUAGGGCCAUAUAAGGUCACCUGUGCUACAGUCAGCUGCUUGCUACCUCAGCCCAGCAAUGCAUAAAGGAGAUAAAAAUCAUGCAGUUUUCUUUGAUUAAGAAAGUACUUGCAAUAUCUGGCUUUCUUGCUUGUUUGCAGAGCGCCCUGCCAUUCCGGAAUGCCAUUCCAGGAAUGGGGGACAAGGGCUGCUUCUGUGCAAUCAUUGAUCUGGCCUUGGCAUGUGCCUGUUUGGCACUAGAAAGUGCUGAAAUGCCCAGUUGCUAUCUCUGGGAUUGUAUUCAUGAUAGCACUGCCUGAAGUUAGGCUGACUUCAGGGGAAGUUGCCUUGUGUGAGAACAGCCACAGUGCAAAGCUCUUGAGCAGUAUGAAUUACCACCCAGGGCAGCUAAGUCCMUUCUGUUACUACCUCCUGCAGCACAUCAAUUUAAAACACCCACUUAGAGCCUUCCAUUUGUUGGCCUGACAUAAGAAAGACAAGACACUCGAGGUUAUCUUAAAUUAACCCCCACAAGUAAUGACUGCUCAUUCCCGUUUCUGCUGAGUUCAAUGCCUAUGAUGUGCCUUGUGCUGGUCUUCUGAAUGUUAUUCCAGYUGUAAAAGAGGAUAAUAAAUGUGUAGAUUCUUUUUAAUGACUGUCAAAUGUAUAAUUGAAAUAUAAGAGAACUUUCAACCAGCUGCUCUUGUGUGUUCUUCCUAGACCAUAAAUUGCUUUUUAGCAUUUGCACCAGAAGUGGAACUGCAAAGUAUCUGUUCUUACUUCUCAAAUUAACCUUUUCACAUGUCAGAAAGAAUCUUCUGUUGUUACUUUUUGGACAAAAAUGCAGAAUGGUUUGCUUAUAUGUGGGAUUUUUUUUCUUAUUUUGGGAGAGUUUUUUGCUUUGUUUUUAUGGGRAAAAAAAGAGCAUUUGAAUAAAUAUCUAGAGAGUGGAGAAAUGUCUGGAAA